UUCAACCCGGAAGUUGUUUCCUGCUCAAUCCCAUGAAUACAAAAGUGGGAUUUGGUUCGCUGUUUUGACGAUUUUAAACUUAGAAAAUGGCGUGGAAGAGCAAAGGCUCUGCUCUCCCUCCAGCCUCCUUACAGCUGCUGGUCCCUCCGGUGAGGCUUCUGUCCGCCUUCAUGUGGCAGGUGGUCCAGCAGCACAGUGUGAUGCAGUACGACAAGCUGGUGGACUUCAUCAGUCUGGUCACUGAGAUGGUUCCUGAGCUGCUGAGUCCCAGUCAGAGGGCUCAGCUCAUCCUGGGCCUGAGAGCCACGCUGGUUCUGGAGCUUUGUCGUGGUGAUGGAGUCGCCAACCUGCAGACCAUCCAGAGCCACCUCGAUAAAAUCCACACCUGCAGCUCUGAACUGAGCUCCAGUGAUCAGAUGGCCAGCGCUGAUCUACUGAAGAAAUCUUACAGCAACUUUGCCAGCCUGGUUCAGAACAUUUUGAAUGUUCCUUUUGAAAAGGAGCUAUUUUUCCAAGAGGUUUUUCCUGCAAACUACGGUUCUGCUUUCAACCAAAAGAUCCAGCAGCUUGUGUCUGUGUUUCUGUCCAGACUGGAACAGCUGCUGCCGAUACCAGACCUGCAACAGACAACAGCUUGGCUCACUGAAACAUCUGUUUCAGAGGAUUUGGGACAACAUCUGUCUGAACCUGUUGCUCUAAAGUCUCUGCUUCUUCAUCACAAACAGAUGGGGACUCUUAGCUCAGCUUGGUCAAGCAGUGAGGGGGAUAUAAUUCUGUCCAUACUGGCCCUCCCAUCUCAAACUGGAGUGGAGAGAUUCACUGAGACGUACAGUGAGGAUGAUGAUGAUGAUGAUUAUGAUGAUGAGGAAGGAGCCCUGGCAUUGGAGGAUUUGGAAGAAGACUCAAGUCAAAGUUCAGAUGUCACCGCAGAUGAUUGGCUGCCAAAGAAGAAAUCAGGUCCGCUGCCACGUUUAUUCAUCUGCCCUCAGUGUUCGUUCACACACCGCAUAAAGAGGAAGGUUCAGGAGCACAUCCAGACUGAGCAUCAUGCAACGGCUCCCAAUCAGAAAAAGAAAUGUGUGAAAAAAGCUGGAAGAAAGACUCUGCAGAAAAAUCAAGACUUGAAUGCUGCAAAAGCAAAAGUAGAAAGCAACUCAGAGAAACAGAGGAAACGCAAACAGAAAGACGGUGUUGACAAAAAGAGGGAACGUAAGCAGAAGGACAACUUGGAAAACAAGGAACGACGGAGACGUAAAGAGCCAACGGGGGAAGACAAAAGGUUUCUGAGCACACGGCCUGUGAACAAAAACUUCACCGAGGAAGAAACCAAAUGCUUGAUGUGCGAAAAGGUCUUUGAACAUCCAAAUCAAUUGAAGACCCACAUGAAGCUCCACGGCUUCCGGUAUCGCUGCAGCCAGUGCGAGAAGGGAUUCACCAGCCCGUCGGGGUAUUAUCAGCACCAGAGACUCCACAAGAAAGGACGGAUAUUCACCUGUAAGCAGUGCAACAAGGGAUUCCUGUGCAAUUAUUCCCUCAAGCAGCACGAACGCCUGCACGACGGCCCUGCCAACUUGUGCAACAUCUGCGGGAAACGUUUCAGCAAAGCCGGCAUCACAAGACACAUGCAGAUGCACCGAGGGGAGAAGAACUACCUGUGCACCACCUGCGGGAAGUCGUUUUUGUCUUCGGGGGAGCUGCUGCUGCACAAUCGGACUCACACGGGGGAGACACCGUACACCUGCGUCCACUGCGGGAAAGGUUUCUCCAGCAAGAGUCACCUGAACGUCCACGUACGAUCUCAUACGGGAGAACGACCGUAUCUGUGCUCGGAGUGUCCAAAACGUUUCCUCACACUGAACUGUUUAAAGAGACACACACUCAGCCACAACGGGCUGAAACCAUUCAAAUGUCCGAACUGUGACAGAGAAUUCUCCCAGCAGGGGAAUCUGAAAAGACAUCAGGCGACUCAUAAACAAGAUGUAAAAUGAUUGAUAAGUUAGAGUUUAGUCAUAAAUAUUGCCUCACAAAGUUUAACACUCUUGGAAAAUGAACUGCCUUUGUGUCAAGACAUUUUCAGUUUUCAUAGAAUACUUGGAAGAGUUUGCCUUUAAGUUAAUUUAUUAUGUGGCAAAAACACGCUUUGGGUUCUUCUUUAUA